GGCAGAGAAGAUCAAGGAAAGCCUGGCAGUGACUGAGUAUACCAAGCCAUCCAGUGCAUUGGUGCUGAGUGGUGUGUCCAGCAGUGUGGUGCAGUACACAGUGUUUGAAAUGCAGCUGUCCUUUACUGUGCUGGAUACAGAGGGUGCACCCAUCAGUGACCUGGGCCACAAGAGUGAUCCCUGGGCAGGUCACGGCAAGUCUCUUGGGAGGUCCGCCAGGUGCCAUCCUCAUGGGCACCACCACAGUUCCCAACAGGAAUGGCACUGCCAUCUUCACCAACCUGUCUGUCAGCAAGCCCGGGGAAGGCUACAACCUCACUUUCACCAUCACCUACCCCAGCUAUGCUCCAGCCCUCACCACCACCCUGGAGGAGACCUUCAGCUUGACACAGAUGAGUGCAGCAAUGGUCCUGCAGCAGCCCAGCAUAGUGCAGGCCGGACAACCCACCACCAUCACUGUUCACUUUGUUGACAAGGACUCUGGCUUGGUUUUUAAUGGCCUGGCUUUCAAGGACUGGUGGUGUAUCCCUCACAUCUGGUCAUCAAGGAGUACCCCAUGGUCAAGUCCUUGCACACUGAUCUGUUCUGAUGGAAGCAGUUGGAGGGUGUGGAGGAUGUGGAUCUAUUUACCUGAGAACAACUUGUCAACAAUUCCUGUGGAUGUCGUCAUCAGCGAGGUCAGUGUUAGAUACCAACCUGCUGCUCAGGUGUCUGUUGUACCUGCUGGUUGGCAUCUCCACUUUGUCUCUCCUGGCUUGGUGGUGUAUCCUGAAAAUUUGGAGAUCCAGGAGAACUCUGUCACCAAGAACGUGCAAAUGAAUGUCAUUGGGUGGCUGAUGGCAGCUCCUCAAGUGAACCCAGAGAUCACUGGGCUAAAGUACAGCAAGAUGAGUGCCUUGGAGAAGCUGUGCCUUGAGUUGAAGGCUGCAGUCACCAUCAGAAAAGAGCAAAGCUGCAACAAGUCAUCCAAGUACUUUGUCAAGAAGGUUUAUGUUGAAGGCAACCUCCUGCACUGCUCUCAGGAGAAGAGUGGGACUCAUGACCGCCUCCAAGACCCACAGAGGAUUGGAAGGCAUAAAUUCAAUCUUGGAUAACUAUUGACAUUUAAAACUGGUGACUCCACUUGUCAGAUUGUAGGUGGGAAAGUUUUAGGGUUAAUUGAUGGGAACAUUGUUGAUCUAAAUUCUUUUUUGGUAAAGUACUGUAAAUCACUUGCAUGUGAAGUUUCAAAUGGAUGAAAUAGCAUGAAUGGUAUUGUAGCUGAAUUGUUCUUUGUAGCUGGAAAAAAAAUUAGGGUCGAUUGAUGGGAAAACUAUUGUUCAAAAUCCUUUUAUUGUAAACUAGAUCAUGUACAUAGUUGUGAAUUUUUUUUGGAAAUGAAAUAGCAUGAAUGAUGAUGAUGUUGUUUGUGUUGUACUAUGGGUAAACCAUUGGAAAAAAUGUAGUAGUUAUGAAUAAAAUUGGAUUAACUAAACAUCACUGAGGUUGUAGUUGUGAAAUUUUGGUGUAAAUUAAUGUAAACAAUGAAAUACUUAAUCAUUAAAGUUUUAAUCUUAUAUUAGGAGUCAUUGGAAAUUAGCUAAAAUAAACACCCUUAUAUCAUCUUAACCAUAUAAUGACUAACCAACUUUUCUCUCAAAUCAUAGCAUAGUUUUAACACAAGUAAACAGUGCACAGCUUUGCCAAAUGUUGUCAUAAAUCUGUGUUGGAAAUAUAGUCUUCAUCAAGCAUUA